CUCACAACUGUACACCAGAGGCUCAGGGCCACAGUGACAUAGUCACCAUCAAAAAGAGGCAGGAAGGAAGCAACUGUGUGGCAGUGGCAGAAACAACCUUUGGGAAGAAACAGAGACCUGUUCUGGAUCAGCAGUACCAUUUGCUGACAUUUCCCGCUUUGUAUCAGAAGACAAAAGUCCUCCAGGAAUCAUGAAGGCUUUCCUCCAUUGCCAGAGAUUUAGACUCAUCUGGCUGGCCAAGCCAGCCAGCAGGCACUUCCACAGAGAUCCCCAGCUCUGGGCACCUCUGACACUUGAGGACUUUGAAGCCAUAAAUCGCUGUGAGAAGCCAUUACCCCAGAACUUUAACUUUGCUGCGGAUGUACUAGACCAGUGGUCCCAAAAGGAGAAGUCGGGAGAGAGGCCAGCCAACCCAGCCCUGUGGUGGGUGAAUGGCAAAGGAGAUGAGGUGAAAUGGAGCUUCCAAGAACUGGGUUCCUUGUCAAGAAAGGCUGCCAACGUGCUCAUCAAACCCUGUGGCCUGCAGAGAGGAGAUCGGGUGGCUGUGAUUCUGCCCCGCAUCCCUGAAUGGUGGCUCAUCAAUGUGGCUUGCAUGAGAACAGGGCUUGUCUUCAUGCCAGGAACGAUCCAACUGACUAGGAAAGACAUCCUGUACCGACUGCAAGCAUCCAAGGCCAAGUGCAUUGUGGCCAGUGAGGAAGUGGCUCUUGCGGUGGACUCCAUUGUGUCAGAGUGUCCCAACCUGAAGACUAAACUCCUGGUGUCUCCACACCGCUGGGAUGGGUGGCUCAGCUUUCAGGAGUUACUUCAAUCAGCCUCUGAAGAGCAUAGCUGCGUGGAGACAGGAAGUCAAGAGCCGAUGGCCAUUUACUUCACCAGUGGGACCACAGGCUCCCCCAAGAUGGCUCAGCACUCACAGAGCAGCCUUGGCAUUGGGUACACCCUCUGUGGAAGGUAUUGGCUGGACUUGACCUCCUCAGAUAUCAUGUGGAAUAUGUCAGACACUGGCUGGAUCAAGGCUGCCAUUGGAAGCGUGUUUUCUACGUGGCUUCGAGGUGCCUGUGUUUUUGUGCACCGGAUGGCCCAGUUUGACACCGAUGCCUUCCUAGAUACGCUCACCACUUACCCCAUCACAACCCUGUGCGGCGCUCCCACUGUGUACCGGAUGCUCGUACAGAAGGACCUUAAGAGAUACAAAUUCAAGAGGCUGCGGCAGUGCCUGACGGGAGGAGAGCCACUCAACCCAGAGGUGCUGGAACAGUGGAAGGCACAAACCGGGCUGGAACUGUACGAGGGCUACGGACAGACUGAAGUGGGAAUAAUUUGCGCCAAUUGCAAAGGACAAGAAAUUAAACCAGGCUCUAUGGGAAAAGGAGUAGUGCCUUAUGAUGUCCAGAUUAUAGAUGAAAAUGGAAAUAUCCUACCGACUGGCAAAGAAGGGGAAAUCGCUCUUAGGCUGGAGUCCACUCGACCCUUCUGCUUCUUCUCCGAAUACGUGGACAAUCCAGAAAAGACUAAAGCCACAAUAAGAAAGAAUUUUUACGUCACGGGAGACAGAGGAGUGAUGGACAGUGACGGAUAUUUCUGGUUUGUUGGCAGAGCCGAUGACGUCAUUAUAUCCUCUGGGUACCGGAUUGGGCCAUUUGAGGUAGAGAGUGCGCUGAUAGAGCACCCAGCAGUAAUUGAGUCAGCUGUUGUCAGCAGUCCAGAUCCGAUCCGGGGAGAGGUGGUGAAAGCAUUUGUUGUAUUAGCUGCGCCCUUCAAGUCCUCCAACCGUGAGAAGUUAACUGCUGAACUUCAGGACCACGUGAAAAACUCAACAGCACCUUACAAGUACCCAAGAAAGGUGGAAUUUGUGCAAGAACUCCCGAAGACAAUCACUGGGAAGAUCAAACGCAACGUGUUAAGAGACCAGGAGUGGGGACGAGCGUAGCUGGAGAACGAAGAGCAGGGGUGCAGUUAGCUUUAGUAUUUGCCUCCUGCUAAUGCUGCGACUACACUCUGAAAACUUUUUGUUUUUCCUUGAAAAUAGUUUUCGUUUUGUACUUAGGAAAACAAGAGAAAAAACAAAACAGCAAAACCUAAACAUAUUUGAGGAGACUGUUAGGAUCAACAGAGAAUGGUGGGAAGUGACAAGGGUUAAAUGACACCAGAGAAGGUCAGCAUGCCAUAAACUGCUUUAGUCAUCUUGUUCUGAUUAAUCCAAAAGAUGAACUGUCCAAAUAGAAAUGUUAAGACGCCUGUGUAACUACUCUGUAUGAAAUCACCCCUCUCAAGCAGAUUAAAAUCUGUUUAAAUCAGGAGUAUAAA